CUUGUGGAAAGACAUUACUUCGUUAAUACCGAUAUACUUGUAGUAAUCUUAUACAAAAUAUUUCACCAUGGACGAAGACGUAGCAGCACUCGUUAUUGACAAUGGAUCUGGUAUGUGCAAAGCGGGUUUCGCCGGUGAUGAUGCUCCAAGAGCUGUUUUCCCCUCCAUUGUUGGACGACCAAGACAUCAGGGUGUCAUGGUUGGUAUGGGACAGAAAGACAGUUAUGUUGGAGAUGAAGCCCAAUCCAAAAGAGGUAUUCUCACCUUGAAAUACCCCAUUGAACACGGUAUCGUCACCAACUGGGAUGAUAUGGAAAAGAUCUGGCAUCACACUUUCUACAAUGAACUUCGAGUUGCUCCAGAAGAACAUCCCGUCCUUUUAACUGAAGCUCCCCUCAACCCCAAAGCCAACAGAGAAAAGAUGACCCAAAUCAUGUUUGAAACCUUCAAUUCACCAGCUAUGUAUGUUGCUAUCCAAGCUGUAUUAUCCUUGUACGCUUCUGGUCGUACCACUGGUAUUGUACUAGAUUCCGGUGAUGGUGUUUCCCACACAGUUCCCAUCUAUGAAGGCUAUGCCCUUCCCCAUGCUAUCGUAAGAUUGGAUUUAGCUGGCCGAGAUUUGACCGAUUACUUGAUGAAAAUCUUGACCGAGAGAGGUUACUCAUUCACUACCACAGCUGAGAGAGAAAUUGUCCGAGAUAUCAAAGAAAAGUUGUGUUAUGUUGCUCUUGAUUUCGAACAAGAAAUGUCAACGGCUGCCUCGUCAUCAUCUUUGGAAAAGAGUUAUGAACUUCCUGAUGGUCAAGUCAUCACUAUUGGUAACGAAAGAUUCCGAUGCCCAGAAACGCUUUUCCAACCUUCUUUCAUUGGCAUGGAAUCUUCUGGUAUUCAUGAAACAACUUACAAUUCUAUAAUGAAAUGUGAUGUUGAUAUCCGUAAAGACUUGUAUGCCAAUACUGUAUUAUCUGGAGGUACCACAAUGUUCCCUGGUAUUGCCGACAGAAUGCAGAAAGAAAUCACCUCCUUGGCCCCCCCUACAAUGAAGAUAAAAAUUAUUGCCCCACCAGAGAGGAAAUAUUCCGUAUGGAUUGGUGGUUCCAUCUUGGCUUCUCUCUCUACCUUCCAACAGAUGUGGAUCUCCAAACAAGAAUAUGAUGAAUCCGGCCCCGCAAUCGUCCACAGAAAAUGCUUCUAAACCAUCCCCUUCUCUAGUACAUCUACUAGCAAGCAUCCUUGUGAUAAACUUUAUCUGUGAAACUAAAUCUGAAGUGAAUUAUGAACAAAAACUCUCAAUACAUACCCAAUCUGUUAAAUUAUUAACUUAAUCAUUUUAUUGUUGUUGAACCCUACCAUUUUU